GAGCCCCACUAUUUUCCAUAGGUCUGGAGCCGGGCAGAGUGGACGCCAGCGAGCAGCAGUGUGUGUGACCUGAAGCGACUAAGAGCACAGUGAAGGCGGUUUCAGGCUGCAGUUAUGAGGGUGGGAGCUGCGACCUUGGCUGGGGGGUUACUUGGGCUUGUAGGAACUCUGUGUUUCUUCCUGGCCUUUGGUACGGACUACUGGCUCGUGGCCAGUGACAACUGUGGACCGAUGGUGAUUAAAGAUGCCAACGGGACUGAGCGCCAGUUAGUGGAAGCUGUCACUGCUUCUCCUCCAUCUCUCACUCUGCACCACGAGGGCUUCUUGUGGCGAUGUGCGUUUCAGGUGGAACCUACAGCGCACGCCACGCUGGCCACUCUCUUCACAAACCAGCCAGAAUCCAAGGUGUGCAUCCACGGUUAUCUCUUCCCACUUCCUGUUGCAAUGGGACGGGUGCCUCAUCCAAGUUAUGACGCUGCAGCAGUGUUUCGGGGUUUCUGGACCGUGCUGAUGAUCCUUGGCCUGGUGGCAGCUCUGACUGGAGACUUCCUCUUGGUCUGCGGUGUCCCCUUCGCCAGCCGCAAACUGUACCAGCUGGGCGGCGCUUUCCUCAUCGCUGCUGCCUGCUUGUUCCUGUCCACGCUGCUGCUCUACGUGCUGUGGAUGGAGGCGAUGGACGUGGAGCGCUACGUCCUGCAGGAGCGGGGAGAGGGGUGUCACCACCCGCAGGUUUCCGUCCUCUACGGCCUGUCGUUUAUGGUGGCGGCUGCCGGCGUGCCUCUGGAGCUGCUCUCCGGGAUGGUCUUCAUGCUGGUGGGGCGAGCGCUGCGUGCCGCCAAAUGAGCCAUCUGGCUUGUGGAGCAAGAGAGGACUGACCUUUUUUGAUGGACACCACAGGGACACACCGAAGCACACCUGUGGCAUGUAAAUACGGGCGGGACACAAUCGAUACAACAGCACCACAAGCUGAAUGUCAAGCAGCAUGUAGUCAGAAACACUGAUUUUUAGUCUUGUAUAGUCCUGUUUUUUUUCUGCACGACUUUGUGUUUCAACAUCAUUUUCUAUUUAAACAUUAUGGAACGGCAUCGCCAUUCAACCGAUUUCUCUUGUCUGUUGUUUUUGGGGGGGAUUAAUGCUAAAAAGUCCAUGGGCGCAAGGUGAGAGCUGUGUGAGUGUCCCAGCUGGGUCCUCUGUCCUGAUGUUGGCACACAAUCAAAGUCUAGCUGGAGCUCAGUGAGGUGGGAGGGGAGAAUGGCUGCACGGACUGAAGACAGAAACGGUGGGUUUUGAUGGGGAUGGAGGGGCAGAGGGAUGCCUAUAUUGUUGGGGGGUUACAGAGAGAGAAUUGGUGCUUGAAGGGGGGCACAAGUGGGGGCUUUGAGAAAUGAACAGCUGUUUGUGUGUAUUGGUUGGUGUACAGCGGGCCGGCCACCUGCCUCCUUUGCCCCAAUCCCAUCUCGGUCCCUCAUUGAGACUAUGACACUCGCUCUGUUCUGCCUUGUGCUUUUCUUUAUAUAUAUAUAUGUAUAUAUGCAUAUGUGCUUUAAAGACCUCAGUAAUCAAACACGUCAAAAACAUGUUCAAUCCCAUACACACUCAUGCGGAGAAUGAACUGUUAAUAAACAAUAAAAAUGUAUUAUUGAAAUACUGUAUAUCCAACCUGUGUUGAGAUGGCCUCACAAUGCAAUGAUGUAACAAAGCCCCCCCCCCCCCCCCCUGAAAAUCCUUAUCUGUGUCAGAGGGUAUCAUUUUGGUACAUUGUAGUCCAUUACAUGAGUUUUUCCUACGUCUGUAAUGAUCAUUCCUGAUCACAGAUAUAGAAUAUAUAGAACACACUUGAUUUUGACUUGUGAGCAGUUUUAAUCUCAAAAAAGCUUUUAUGAUAAAGUGUGCUUUAUCUUUGUGUGUUUAUUUCGUAUAUUGUCUUUCAAUAAACAAUAAAACAAAUUAAAACCUC